ACUUACACAGCCGUCAUCGUGCGUCAGUAUCGCGCUAAACCCGUCAGUCGCUUACCGUCAGAUGAUCUCCAACUAGCGAGAGUACCGCGCGGCUUCGUUCCCGGCCUCCUAUUAUACGCGCAUUUAAUCCAGUGCCUUAUUUACUUUAGUAAAAAAGAAAAGUAUUUUGUGAUUAGUACAUCAGUGUUAUUGUGCAACAUAUUGGUUUAAACGCUGAGAAACCAUGAAACGGUGAUCGACGAUAAACACUCGUAGCAACGACUUAAUAGUAUUGGGGGAUUUUACUAUUUGUUCUGAGCAAAUACAAUCAAAAUGAGGAGAUUACAGAAGUGCUGUUGUUGUGCCUCUACCCGCACAGGAACCAUUAUCACAGGGGCGUUAGGAAUUAUUCUCUCUAUAGCAACUAUUAUUACCAUUUGGGUUGCGAACAAGCACAAUGUCUCCUACAGGACAUUCAUCUUCGCAGAAGACUUCGACAAAAAAUUGUCAGAUAUGGAUAUUCCCAGAAUAAUAUUAACAAUCAACUUGUGUUUCACAAUUUUGAUAUGUUCACUACUCAUCGUGGCUGUUCUAAAGAGACGCUCCUGGCUAAUGUUGCCGUGGGUUGUGCUCGGUAUCGUGCUGGCUGUUGGAUUGUUGAUAAGCGUCCUCCAUACCUCCAUCACGUACUAUCUCGAUGAACAGGACCACGCGCUUUUGGCUACCUUCAUUCUAAUUGGAGGACUAGUAUAUUUAGGAAUUUACCUCUAUCUGUGGGCAGUUGUAUUCAGCCAUUAUCUAGAUGUUCGCGACGAUGAAGAACGCGGUCGGUACAGGAAAGCUCCCUACAAACGAUAAAAAUGCCACCGAAGUACUAACAAAAAAUGCUAGGACUAUGUAUCGUAAAUUAUAAGUGCCUUAUCUGAUGUAAUAAAAAAUGUUUAAUAUA